AUGGGUCUUCCCUGUGGGAUGGAUAAGGUCGAUGAAGACGUGUUUCCCGAAACUUCAACCAACUUAGAAGAGUUUCUUAACGACCCUUUACUUUUGGAAACUGCAUAUACUCCAUAUAAUCCAUCUUAUACCGUCUUUACAACAACUUUAACGACUUUUACUGACACCAAUACGGCUGUUUCUUCUUCUCCUCUUCUUAGUACAACUUCCAGCACUGCCUCGGGCUCCGCUGAAUGUGGUGUUGACGAAUUUUCAAUUCUUGUCCGCUUUCUCUCUUUUGUCUUUUUUUUUUUUUUCUUUCGUUUUCUUCGCAUAAUCGUUUUGUUUUUGUUUUUCACCCUCUCUUUCGUUUUUUCUCUCAAAAGAUUUUCCUGCCAUAUUCCGUUUUUUCUUGUUUUUUUUGGGGGGGUUUUUUCUACUUUUUUUUCCUACUUUUUUUUUCCUACUUUUUUUUUCCUACUUUUUUUUUUCCUACCGUUCUUUCAUUUUCCUUAUUUUUCUUUCUGUAGUUCUUGUUGCGCUGUCUCUCUCUUUUGCUUUUUCGCGAAUUGCUCUCUUUCUUCGUUUCUUUCGAUUUCUCUACUCGCUUCCUGUUUUCCCCCACGUUAUGUUUUUUCCGUGAUUUCUCUUGUUCCUUUUUUUCUCGCUCUCUCCUACUUUUCGUUGCCUCUCUCGUCGUUUUCACCACGUGAACUUUCACUCUGUCAUUCCCCCUCUCCAUGCUCAUUCUCAUCUUUUCCCCCUCUCCAUGCUCAUUCUGUCAUCUUUUCCCCCCCUCUCCAUGCUCACUCUGUCAUCCCCCCCCCCUCUCCAUGCUCACUCUGUCAUCUUUCCCCCCUCUCCAUGCUCCUCUGUCAUCUUUUUUCCCCAUCUCCAUGCUCACUCUGUCAUCUUUUUCCCCCAUCUCCAUGCUCACUCUGUCAUCUUUUUUCCCCUCCAUCUCCAUGCUCACUCUGUCAUCUUUUUCCCCUCCAUCUCCAUGCACACUCUGUCAUCUUUUCCCCCCCCUCCAUGCACCUCUGUCAUCUUUCCCCCCCCCCCUCUCCAUGCACACUCUGUCAUCUUUUCCCCCCCCUCUCCAUGCUCACUCUGUCAUCUUUCCCCCUUCUCCAUGCUCACUCUGUCAUCUUUCCCCACCGUCUCCAUGCUCACUGUCAUCUUCCUCCUCCCCAUCUCCAUGCUCACUCUGUCAUCUUUCCCCUCCCCCUCUCCAUGUGCUCUCACUUUCUAUUCUUUUCCUUUACGCUAGCUCUCUCUCUCUCUCUCAUAUAUAAUUUUUCUUCUUUCAUUAUUCACUAUCUCUCUUGCUCUAUCACCUUGCCACUUUCUUACAUUUUCUCUCACUCCUUACCCACUUUCUUAUUUUUUCUAUCUCUAAUUACAUUGCUUCUAACAUUUUCUCCCUCUCUCUCCUUCUUGCCCACUCUCUCUCUCUGUCCUUCUUGCCCACUCUCUCUCUCUCUCUCCUUUUCAGUUGUCGCUUUAUAUGCCUCUCUCGUCUCUUUUCUCUCGUCUUUUCUCUCUCUCUUCUCUCUCUCCUCUCUCUCUUCUCUCUCUCUCUCUUCUCUUUUUUCUCUCUCUCUUCUCUCUCUCUUUUUUUCUCUCUCUCGUCUCUCUCUCUCUCUCGUCUCUCUCCUUGUUCUCUUUGCACACUUUCUCUACUCUCUCCACAUUUUCACUUUUCCCUUUGCCCUCUUUUUUUUGUUUUCUAUAUAUUCACUUCUUUUCUCUUUGCUAUUUGCCACUUUUUCUUUCUAA